GGAAUAGGAAUUCGCACAAAGGAUGAAGAUUAGCAGAGCGAGAAGGCCGCGGGAGUCGAAACGCGUCGAAAUGCAUAGCCCUGUCACGAGUUUCGUCACAAUUAUGAUAUUUUUAAUAUUCGCCUCCGCUUUUUAUCUCGUGAUCUCAUUCAAACCGCUCACAAAGGACGAACAUUUGGAACGCAUCAACACGAUGAGUGAAGGCGUCGAGCCGUUUAGGAAAAAUUUGACGGAAUGCGCUCGCCAGGUAAAAGCUUCAAUGACGGACGUUGAGAGUUUUUUGAAGAGAAUACCUCAGACUACCAUGCAAGGGAAAUGUUUUGUGGCUUGUAUAUUGAAAAGGAAUGCGAUUAUAAAGAAGAAUAAGAUUGAUCAAUCGAAUCUUCUCGCGGUGAAUAGAGCUGUGUACGGUGAAGAUAGCGAAGUUAUGGCGCGAUUGAAGACAGCCAUUGUUGAAUGUAGUGAUGUCGUGGAAGGCAUUUUUGAGAUAUGCGAAUACGCCUCUGUGUUCAAUGAUUGUAUGCAUAUGAAAAUGGAGCACAUUUUGGAUAAAAUGACAAUGGAGAGGCGAAUGGAGGCGUUGGGGCAAAUGACGUCCGACCCUGAUCUAUGGAGCGAGGAUGACGACGAAAUGUUGAAAUUGGUGAAAGAUGAACUGUGAAUUAAGUUAUCUAUAAACAAUAAAAUAAUAAUAAUAAUAAAAUCUU